CAUUUUCUCCCUCCCCUCACACAUUCAACAUAAAAAAUACAUAGCAAGUUUCAGCUCUCUCCAAUAUUCAUCAAAAUGGUAAAACAAAUUUCAGAGAAGGGCUUGGCUUUGUACCAAGCUGAGAGGUCUCCUAUGGUGUACUCACCCAGGCUACCUGCCUCCUCCCACUUCCAUGGAAUCCCCUCUCCUGUAAAUGGGCUCUCCAAUCCCAAACAAACAGGCAGAGAAGAUUCAGUGCUUAAUUGGAUAAACAUGAUUAGAACAAAAACUGACAAUUUUGCAAGAGGAAUCCAAAGACAUGUGAGAUUUGGGUCCAAGAUCACUGAAGCAGUGAAAGGGAGGUUGAGUAUGAGAGCAAGAAUUAUUCAAGUAGGUGGAGCUAAGAAAUUCUUCAGAAAGUCGUUCACUAUCAGAGAAGGAGAAGAACUUUUAAAGACUUGCAAAUGCAAUAUAUCAACAACUGCAGGGCCUAUUUCAGGCCUUCUUUUUAUCUCCACCCACAAGGUUGCCUUUUGCAGUGAAAAACCAAUCAAAUUCUCUUCUCCAAAAGGAGAUUUCCUUAGAGCCUAUUACAAGGUUGUGAUUCCUAUUAAGAGAAUUAAGAGAGUAGAUCAAAGUGAAAAUGUAAAACAGCCAUCACAAAAGUACAUAGACAUAGUCACAGUUGAUGAUUUUGAGUUCUGGUUUAUGGGUUUCUUAAAUUAUCAGAAAACUUUAAAAUAUUUGCAGCAGGAAAUCUCGCAAGGUUUGAAUUAAGUGGCAAAUAUUUUGGAACGAGAGGUAUUUCUUUCCUCUGCUUCAGCAUGUAUAUUCACAUGAAGUGGGGAGAGUUUAAUACAGAACCAUACCGUGUAUAAAUUUUGCUCAUUGGCUUUGAUUUUUAGGUAAAUCAGCCAAAGUUCUGUAGUUGUAUGUGGUUUUAUGAGAUAGAGAAAGAGGAAAUGCAAAUAUUUGAAUAAGUUCCUCAUUUUAUAUCCAGAAAGAAAUCAUUUUGUCA